GGUUGGAGAAGGCGGGGGUUAGCGUAAUCCGCGUAAGGCGACCCUGAAGGGAAGCGUUGGCGUCUGCAUUUCGUUUCUCCGCUUGCUGAAUUUGCCUCGACACCCGGAUUGAGGGGCUGCGGGUGUGAGGUGGAUCUGGGUUCAUGGCGAUCCAGAAUGGAAUUGAGGCGGGCGCGUGGCCGGUCUCGUCCCAGGGGGUGAUGCAGCACGCGCCCAGCAACGAGGAGUGCGGCAUUCGCGAGGUGUGGGCCUACAACUUGGACCGCGAGUUCGAGCACAUCCGAAAGGUGGCGCAGACGUACAAAUACGUGGCCAUGGACACCGAGUUUCCCGGCGUCGUGGCGCGGCCGAUCGGCGAGUUCCGCAGCGCCCAGGACUACGAGUACCAGUUGCGCCGUUGCAACGUCGACCACCUGAAGAUGAUCCAGCUGGGCAUCACCUUCUUCAACGAGCAAGGCUUUACGCCCCAGCCCAUCACCACCUGGCAGUUCAACUUCCGCUUCAACCUCGGCGAGGACAUGUACGCCCAGGACUCCAUUGAUCUGCUGCAGAAGUCGGGCAUCCAGUUCCGCAAGCACGACGACGAGGGCAUCGAGCCGUUCGAGUUCGCCGAGCUCAUCACCACCUCGGGCGUGGUGCUCAUGGAUGACGUCAAGUGGAUCUCCUUCCACAGCGGUUACGACUUCGGUUACUUGCUGAAAAUCCUGACCAAUCAAAACCUGCCACAGGAAGAGUCCGAGUUCUUUGAGCUUCUGCGAACGUAUUUCCCCACUAUGUACGAUGUCAAGUACUUGAUGAAGUCUUGCAAAAAUCUGAAAGGAGGAUUGCAGGAGCUGGCCGACCAGCUGGAGCUGGAGCGGGUGGGGCCUCAGCACCAGGCGGGCAGCGACAGCCUGUUGACCGGCGCCGCCUUCUUCAAGAUGCGCGAGAUGUUCUUCGAGGACAAUAUCGACGACGCGAAGUACGGCGGGCACCUGUACGGGUUGGGCGCUCCGUACCUGGUGAACGGUGGCGGACCGACUGAGGCCAAUGGCGACAACACCACCUCGGCAUAGUGACGGAGUGGACCGGACUCGAGAAAUUCUCUGUGAUACUUGGGUUCAAAUCCCCAUUUUACCAGUGUGUCCAAGGCGACGUGGAGCGCCAGAGCAGGAUGGGGAGGAGUAACUGGCGCCAGUGUUCAGACCUGCGAAGUCCGUAACCAGGAGACUGUUUCGAGUCUGUGUGUACGUGUAGUGGUGCUCUGCUGUGACCGUUGCGUGCGCUUGAAUCAGGGGGAGAUGAGAGGUACGACUGCCGACUGACGGGGUCCCGAGCCACCUCACACGGAUAUCACCACGGCGUUGGCGCUCUGUUGCAACGUUUUUUAGCGUUUCUGGUGCUCUGAUAAUUCCUAGUCUGUCUUUUAAGCAUUUCUGUAGUACAAUGGCCCCUAACUUGCCUUGUGUGGAGCGGUGCAUUUGGUGACGGCAUGGCCCUCAGUCUCGCUGGGGGUGUUUUACUCGGCGGACGACAGUUGUGCGUUUUAUCUCGUGUGUGCGUGGUAGGCAAGGUGGGACCAGCGGGCCAUCAGGGCACCCGCCGUCCUCCGUCCAAUGAAGCCUCGUACCUGUCACCUCCCCCCACCGCGGCGUCACUGUGGGCGCGGCUGACACCGCCCGCCCGACUGCGCCCCCCGCGCCAGUGGGGACAGGUGCCGGCCGGCCAGCCCGCUCUCGCCGUCGCCCCGCCCCGAACCGCGCUCUCUCCUCUCGUGUCUCUGUACAGCCUCGCCGCCCGCUGUCGGGCCCGCGCUGUCCGCCGCGCCUGCGUUCUCUGUGGGCGCCGCUGCCCGGAUCGGUGUGCGCCGCUGCCGGACGAUCUCCGCGGAGCGUCGGGCCGCCCCGGUCCCCGCUACUUACGCGAGUCUGGCCAGCGCCUCGCGGUCCGCCUCCAGCCCUGUGGAACAGAAUCGGUACUUACACGAGUUUGGCCAACGCGUCGCGGUCCGCCUCCAGCCCUGUGGCACAGAUUCGGCACGUGCGCGAGUUUGACCAAUGCGUAGUGGUCCACCUCUGCUCUGUGGUAUCCGCUCGGUAGUUGCGGAGGUCUGGUGCUGAUCACUUCCUGGACCACGUCUGUAUCAGUUCAACACGGCUGGCGUGCAGUCGUCGUCAGGAAUGGAGGUGUUUUUUAUUGUGUAUUCUAACCAUGUAAAAUACACUUGCAAAGCGCU